AUGGAACAGCUCCGCUACCUCGGCUCUAUGGCCGGCCACAAGGGCUGGGUCACCGCCAUUGCGACUUCAUCCGAAAACCCGGACAUGAUUCUAACCGCCUCUCGAGACAAGACAAUAAUUGUGUGGCAGCUGACCCGCGAUGAGGACCAGUACGGCUACCCGAAGCGCAUCCUCCAUGGGCAUAACCACUUCGUCUCCGACGUUGUUAUCUCAUCCGAUGGCCAGUUCGCCCUCUCCUCCUCGUGGGAUCACACCCUACGCCUGUGGGAUCUUAAUACCGGUCUCACCACUCGCCGAUUCAUCGGCCAUACGUCCGAUGUCCUGUCCGUUAGCUUCAGUGCUGACAAUAGGCAGAUCGUCUCGGGUUCGCGCGACAAGACAAUCAAGCUCUGGAACACCCUCGGGGAGUGCAAGUACGACAUCAAGGACGAUGGUCACACUGAAUGGGUAUCGUGUGUCCGCUUCAGCCCGAACGUCCUGAACCCUGUUAUUGUCUCUUGUGGGUGGGACAAGGUCGUAAAGGUCUGGGAGCUGUCGAAGUUCAAGCUCAAGACCAACCACUAUGGUCACACUGGUUACAUCAACACCGUCUCUGUCUCUCCCGAUGGUUCGCUCGCGGCGUCGGGCGGCAAGGACGGUAUCACAAUGCUGUGGGACCUCAACGAGGGCAAGCACCUUUACUCCCUCGAGGCUGGCGACAUCGUCAAUGCACUUGUCUUCUCCCCCAACCGCUACUGGCUGUGCGCAGCAACAGCAACUUGCAUCAAGAUCUUUGACUUGGAGAGCAAGUCGAUUGUCGAUGAGCUCAAACCCGACUUCGCACAGAGUGCGUCCUCUCGGGAACCCGAGUGUGUGUCGAUCGCCUGGUCUUCGGACGGCCAGACGCUCUUCGGUGGCUUCACAGAUGACCUCGUCCGUGUGUGGUCCGUCGUGUCAUAA